UGAUUUUCAAUGCAAUGGAAGCGAUCAUUUUCUUUUGCUUAACCAAGCCUUCCACCAUCAACCCCUAAAGAAGAUCACUUUUCAGGCUAACGUGGUUUUCAAAAUUGCCCUGGGCAUUGACGCAUACAUUCAUCAUCCAGGCCAAACCUUACACCGAGAUUCUCACACCGUGGUGAGGGCCCUAACCAACAUGAGGGCCUACGUUGACGUUAGUCACUCUUUGACUGAGCUCGAAUCAGUCAACGGCGAGAAAUGCGAGACGCUGAUGAAUUAUGGGUUCGACGAAUGCGUCAUCAAGGGGAUCCGAACAAUCAUUGGAGAUGAAUUGAAUUGUCUGGUACCUUUUGUGCCGGGAAAUACAAACGAGACCGUAAUGUGCCGAACAGAUCAAGAGUUCGACCAAGCCACGCAAAUUUUCGAGGACCAUGUCCAUGGGUCCAAACAAGCUCGGCUGUGCCGAGAACCCUGCACGUAUUUGUCCAUCUCGAUUGGACACGUGAUCUCGCAAGUCGAGACCGUGCCCGGGAGAACCGGAUCCGGGUAUUUGAAGCUAUUCUUCAAACGCAAUAUUUCCGUUAGUCAAACCCGACUUUCGUAUUCGUUUAUGAGUAUGGUGGCCGAGAUCGGUGGAUAUGUGGGCUUUUUCAUGGGCGUGUCUGUCCUCCAGCUUUCCAAGUGGCUUCAAUCCGUUUGCGAUCGGUCCGAAAUAACUUGGGAGAUUGGAUGGCAAGUCUAAGAACAGAGUCAAAGUUAUGCGAUUCAUCAAUAUAUCUGAUAUGGUCUUGUAUGAAAAAACAGUUCGAAGAGUUGUUACAAGUGUGCCAUUUGUGCUCAAAAUCGCCAGGAAAUUGAAUCAUAUUUCGGCUUAACCCUUAUAAGGAAAACCUCGUUAAAAUAAAG